AUGUUACCUGUGAAAGAGGGUCUUCAGAGACAGGUUAAGGUUCUGAUUGGAAUUGGGAAUUUAGGGUUUGGUGGUUGUCAUAGGGGUUUCCACUCUAGGUUGACUAACCCUAACGGGUUUCUCGAACCUGCGAGCUCUGAUUUGCUCUUGGUUAACGAAAGGAGGAAUCUUUCUGUCGUUGGUGCUGUCUCUCGGACUUUCUCUGUGCCUUCAGUAUCUGGUCCGGCCUUUCAGGUCUGUGGAUAUCACAUUGAUCUUUUGCUUUCGGGAUCCGGCGUAGCUUCUUCGGUUUCCGGUAAAUCGAUGGCGGCUUGUGGUUCGAAAUCCUUGUUUGUGGAUCCUCGGGUUUCAAAGCGUUACGCUGGUAUGGUGUAUGGAGACGGAAGCCCUCCCAGCCGUGGAAGAAUCAGUAUGAGAUUAAGAGGACGAGAUCACCGCGAAGGUUCUUCUACCACCUAUGGGUAUUUUGCUUAUAGAGCUGUGAAGAGAUGGAUCGCCUUGAAUCCUCAGAGUGGAGGAUGGGGUUUUAGAGGCUUGCAUAGCUCACUUUUGAAUCAGUAUUCAGCUGGGAAUGCGCCUGAUGUCUCGUUCGAUAACUCUGUCACGGAGGAACAAGUUAGAGAUUCUUUGGAUCCUGUAGCAGCUAAGCUAUCCGCUAAGCCCCUCAAGCUUGUCUCGGGGUCGUGCUACCUACCACAUCCUGAUAAAGAGGAGACUGGGGGAGAGGAUGCUCACUUUAUCUGCGCAGAGGAGCAAGCAUUGGGUGUGGCAGAUGGUGUGGGAGGUUGGGCAGAGCUCGGUAUCGAUGCAGGUUUUUACUCUCGGGAGCUUAUGUCUAACUCGGUCAGUGCAAUCCAAGACGAGCCUAAAGGAUCGAUUGAUCCAGCCAGAGUAUUGGAAAAGGCUCAUACUAGCACAAAGUCGAAAGGGUCUUCAACGGCUUGCAUCAUAGCCUUGACCGACCAGGGACUUCACGCGAUCAACCUAGGGGACAGCGGGUUCAUAGUAGUCCGUGAAGGGCAUACCGUUUUCCGUUCCCCAGUUCAACAGCAUGACUUCAACUUCACGUAUCAGUUGGAGAGUGGAAGUAACGGCGACUUGCCAAGCUCAGGUCAGGUUUUCACGGUUGCUGUUGCUCCUGGAGAUGUGAUAAUAGCUGGAACAGACGGAUUAUUCGACAACCUGUACAACAACGAGAUCACAGCGGUAGUGGUUCACGCGGUGAGAGCUGGCAUAGAUCCUCAGGUAACAGCACAGAAGAUUGCAGCGUUGGCGCGCCAAAGAGCACAAGACAAAAACAGACAAACCCCGUUCUCGACAGCAGCACAGGAUGCUGGCUUCAGAUACUAUGGAGGUAAGCUCGACGACAUUACAGUUGUUGUCUCUUAUGUAGCGGCCUCAAAAGCGGAAGAAAAACAUUGA